AUGAUUGGACUCACUCUCAAGCUGGUCCAUUUUGGGCUUGGACUGCAUGUCUUUGUAGUUCCGCUAGAGAACGUUAAAGGAUAUCUGAAGUUUCUAUGGAUUAUUUACUUUGUUCACACUACAGGCAUGGCCAUCGCCAAAACCUCGGUCUUGUUAUUCUACACUCGCGUUUUCGGCAUGCGAAACUCCAAAUUCAAGUACGCUGUGUGGUCGGUACACGCCAUGAACAUCGCAUGGGCCAUAGGGACUUUGCUCAGCGUCCUUUUCAUAUGCGAUCCCAUCUCCAAGGCAUGGAACUUUUUACAGCCUGGGACCUGCCUCGACUUUACACAGCUUUGGCUGGGCAACGGCUUACCAAAUCUCAUUAUCGACAUUUUUAUUCUAGUGUUGCCCGUCCCAAUGCUGUGGCAGUUGAAAAUGAAGACAUCGCGUAAAUUCCAAGUAAUUGGUGUGUUUGCGUGUGGAUACUUAGUUGUUGUGUCAUCUAUCGGGCGCCUUUACACCACUAUCAGAGCGAGUGAAUACAUUGGAAUGGACCCAACUUACAAAACGGCUACGAACCAAGGAUUUAGGGUUGAGAUCAGCCAAUCAAUAUUAUUGCAGCGUAUAGGUGCUCCCCUGGGAAGGCAGCACGGCCGGGAUAGGGGCCUUGGUGGGUCCCCUGUUUCACCAGGAAAGGCUUGCCGAACCACGAUUUUCAUAAGGCCUACUAGGCCCGACCCAAUACGAAAAGGGACUUCUGGCCGGCUCUGCGUUCCGUUCUUCUUCCAAUUCGCUGCAACGCGUGCGAGGAUGCAGUCGUCAACAGCCGCCAGCCUGCAAGGCUCACUGAGCUCAUGCAGCCGUGCCGACUUUCGCGGCUGCCCAGCUACCAAGGCAUACAGGAGGACUUACAUGCUCCGCCUCCUCUUUGGAUGGCUAAUUACGGCCGUACCAAUCAUGGGAAAACAAACAAAGAAGGAAUACAACACACUAAUUACAGCUUUUUCAAUCCUCCUCAGUCUGUCGGUCAGCGGUUUUGUCGACAGAACAAUACGAGACGCGCGAUGGUUGUUCCUGAGUCUCCGCUUUAGACCCCGGCGCACUGUUGAGCUCAUCUUGCAGGCGAAUGGAAUUAUUUCCGUCCUGAUACUUGCUAUUAGGUCAAAAAGGUCCACUAUCUACACAGCCGCACUUUUGUGGUUCCUAUUAGCUAUUGCAUCCCAAAUUGGCCUUGCUACACUGGGACUAUGUUACACAGUCGAGGAUGCAAGCAAGUUAGCUCUGGUAGUGACUCCCGGAACGGUGGUUGUUCCAGAAAUGAGCAUGAUUCGAACCUUCAGCACUGUCGUAGCUGGGGAAGAUUAUUCUAGCGCGGGCGCACAGGAAUAUACCGCAAACAGCUAUGGAUCCAUGUCCCUCAUGUAUGUCGAAGAUAUUCUCGAGGCCGCCCCUUCGAAGGGCGAUUUGCGAGUCGCCUCGGACGCUCGAGUGUUCUGUGGUACCCAAGAGUGCCAAUACGUCUUUCGAGAAAAGAACACACCACCAGAGGACCUGCCCGCCGAUGCCGACUUCCAGCCCACCGUCGUCGCAACGGACCGCAAGAUAUCCAGCGCCGGGAAAUGCAGCCGCCACCAGGUCGUGGCCGGAGGAGACGGCAGCAGCACCAAUAUCACCAUUGACGUCGGAGAUGGCGGGAGCCGAGCGAUCCAGAUCCCCUUCGCAGGAGGCACGAACCAGACCACGUACAUGACAAACACGUCUGUGAGCUGCGGCCCCGGGUGCGGAGUCGUGACGGCCUUUGAGUCCUCCCCGCAGACGUCGUGGUACUACAAUUGCAACGUGACGGUCGGGGCCGUCACCAAUGCCACGCAACCAGAACACAACGUCUCGGAGCCCGUGCGGCUCCUCGCUGCGCAGGGCAUCGCACUCCAGGGGUAUGCGGUGCUCUCCUUUGUCGACGACUCGCACUCGCAGUACCAGAGCUACCCGGCCGAGACGGCGUUCGGGCUGGCGGCGGAGGGAGACGCGGACGCAAUGGAGAUGAGGAUGGCGCGGUUUGCGAUCGGCGUGAUUGCCGCGGCUGCGGAUUCUAAUACCGAGGUGAACAUAUCCGGGUACCCGCCAGUGAGAGGGUCGCACGUCAAGGUCGACCACUGGGACUAUGUGGCGCUGAUACUGCUGUCGGCCAUUGGCGCGCAGCUGGUCCUGAGUCUCGUCUUGGCCCUUAUGUCAUUUAAGGUCAUCAUUCCGCCGGAGGGACUUGUUGGGAUGGCGCAGCUGCUGAGGGCAAUGGCCCAGGAGACUCGGGUGAUGAAGUUCGGGGAGGUUGGCGAGAAGUAUUUGAGCGACGAGAGCUCUGCUUGUCGCUAUUCCUCCAAGGGAUAUGAGCUCAAUUGCAUCUGCUCGACGACCCGUGGAGUCGAGGCUGGCGUCCUCCUCUUCCGCGGCGUGGAGCGGCUGUCGGGAUACCCUCUUGGCCAAUUGGCACAUGGGCGUAACCGCCUUUGGCGGGCCACCUGUGCAUUUCCAAAUUGUGAGCGUGCUAGCAAUCACAAACUUCCAUGGUGGCCUGCUGACAGAGACAUUUCUUAG